CCUCAGGCCGUUGCAGCCGCGGCCGUUGCGCUCUGGGCCAACGUCGUGGCCACAGUCGGCGAUCGACGCCAUGGCGGAGCUGCCGCUGCCCGCCGGGCUCAGCGCCAGCACCUUCCCCGCCAAGCUGUGGCGCCUGGUGAACAGCCCCCGCGUCCGCUCCGUGCGCUGGGACAGCCGCGCCCAGGGGCUGCUCGUCGACCGCUGCCUCUUCGAGCGGGAACUGCUCAGCGCGGGCGACGCCCACGGGGCGGACGCUGAGGGGGGGCCGGGGCCGGUCCCGGAUUCCUUCCAAGCCACGCACUUCGGCAGCUUCGUGCGGCAGCUCAACCUCUACGGCUUCCGCAAGGUGCCGGGCUGGGUUGGCUCAGAUGAGCCGGGCGAUGCUGGGGGCUGGCUCCACUUCAGGAACCCCAACUUUCGCCGCGACCGCCCCGACCUUCUGCUCCGCAUCAAGCGCCUGACCCGGGCCAACAGGCAGCGGCUGGCGGCGGGGCUGGAGGUGCGCAGCCGCCAGCCCAGCCGCUUCCAGCAGCUCCACACGGAGCGGGCGGUGCCCUCCUUACCCGCCGGGCAGCCGCCCAGAGCCGUGCUCUCCUACCAAGAUCUCGCUGCUGCCUCACCUGAGGGUUUAGAGUUGCCUCCAGGCCCUUCCAGGCAAAGUGCAGCUGCUCAGGACUCUGAGGUUUUCCUACCUUCUCCCAAGAAGGUGUUUGCCUCAUCUGGACUUCUUGGGGUUUCAUCAGAGGAACCAGGCACAGGCAAAUUUCAUCUCAACUGUGAGCUCAUCAUUCCACUGGUUCCCAUUGAGCUUAAAUGUCACCCUGAGCUCAUCGUUCCUCUGGUUCCUGUAGACCAUCAUAACCCUUCCAUAGCCUCUCCAGAGAGAAGCAGCUGCACAACUUCAGAGCAGCAGUUGCCAGCCUGCAGCCCAUCAGCCACUCCAGCUGGCAUUGCUGGUUUUGCAGCAUGGACAGCCCCCAGCUGGCUGUGGAAUACUCCUGGGGAAGAGGAAUUGCCACCCCCGGAUCUGGACAUGGUGCUUGAGACACUGGAGGAGAUGUUUUCUCUCUCUGCUCAGGGGAAUAUUCAUGUUGCCCCUGAGUCUUCAGGAGGCGAGCCUGUGGACAGAGCUGCAGCAGAGGGAGCUUUGCCUGGCACCAAGAGCUGCGGGAACAAUUCCCAGGAGCCUGAGGAGCUUGAUAUCCACCUGAUCUACCUCGCCAGGAGGGCUGCCCUGCGUGAGAAGAAGGAUCAGAGGGAGAGCCUGUGACCAUCGAGCAGGUGGAAUCCCUCCAUUUAUACAUAGAUUUAUAGAUUUCUGUAGUUUUAUUAAGAUAUCCGUAUAGUUUCAUUUACAGAUUUAUACAGUCCUCUUUAUAUAUCCACAUAGUUAUAUUUAUGGAUUUAUAGAUGUGUGUUAAUAUGUGCAUAUAUAUAUACAUCUAUAUAGUAAAUCUAUAUAAAUCAUUAUAGAUGUGAUAGAAUUAUAUUUAUAGGUACGUAGUUACAUUUAUAGAUUUUCAAAUGUACAUUUAUAUAUGUAUAGAGUAAUAAUUACAUAUAUAUAUAUUUUUAUUUAUAAAUCUGCAUAGUUAUGUAGUUAGAGUUAUAUGGAUUUUUAAAGGGAUAGAUUGCUGUUUGUGUAGGCCUAGGCUGCAUUUUUACCUCUUUCCCCCCUUGGCUGCCUUUUUCACCUCUUGCUUUUCCCCCCGUGCCCCCUCUGUCCCCUCUCCCUGUGCUGGGUCCGAGCUGGUGGCCGGGCUGGGUGGAUCAGCAGUUCCAGCCCCGGGUGUCCCUGGAGCGGUGGGAGCUGGCGCUGGCCCCAGGCACUGUCCCCUGAGGAGCUGCUGAAGGACGCUGCAAUGAGGACCUUGAGGACAGGCGGAGACUGACGGGAGCCAGCAGGGAGAAGCUGAAGGCCAGCAGCAGAGGCAGUGAACGGGGACCUGCUGCUGCCAGCCUGGAGAGAGCCCGGAUGUCCCAUCUGCUGUCCCUGUCCAGGAGAGCUGCUCUGCAUGGGAGGAAGAGACCGAGGGAGAGGCUUUGGAGAUGGGGCAGCUGGGAUCCCUCUGCUUGGAGCUCUGCUUAAAGAUGUCUGCACUUGCAAAUAGACAGGGAUCAUUAUAUGGAUAUGUACAUCUGUAGGCUUCUAUUUGUAUAGGAAUAUUUCUAUAUGUUUGUUGUUAUAUUUAUGGCUGUAUUAUAUAUAUGUAUGUGUAUAUAUACACAUAUAUUACAUAUGUUUGUAAUUACAUAUAUGUGUAUAUGUGUAUCUAAGUAUACAUGUAUGUUGUUAUAUCUGUGUUUAGUUCAAUUUCCUAGGUUUACAGCUGUGUAGGUAUCUCUAUUUAUGCAGUUCUAGGUAUAUGUCUUUUUAAAUAGGUGUAUUGGAAUUUGUAUUGGUCGAUAUGUCUCUUUUUAUAUUUUUUAAUAUAUAUUGAUCUAUUUCUGUCUAUUUAUUAAUAUUUACAUAUGUGUCUAAAUGUAUAACUGUAUAUUUGUAUUGAUACAGUUGGGUGGAUAUUUAGAUUGGUGAUAUUUGUAUAUUUGUAGAUAGGUUUGUUUUUAUAUAUCUACUGGUCUAUAUGUAUAUUGUAUGUAAUGUGCGAUGUUUAAUUUAUAUUUACAUCUGUAGAUUGUUAUACUUGUAUAUGUAUUUAUAUAUAUCUUCAUAUAUGUAUUUAAUUCCAUUUCAACAUGUAUGGAGUGGUAGAGUUGUAUAAUUCUAUAUAUUGAAUUCUUAGUGUAGGGCUAUUUAAUGAGGGAAUGUGUAUUUUUGUAUUUCUGUAUGCGCUUUACGCUUGUAGUAAUAGGUAAUAAAUUGAGUCCUUAAACACUUUAAUUAAUCUCUGUGUAUAGUAAGUUGUUGUAAGGGUUGGCAAUAAAUAAGUUUUUCUUAUCUGAAGUUGGUUAUUUACAUAUUUUUACACAGACUGGUUGUAAUAAUCUAAUAAAUUCCUGUUUUUAACCUAAAUUGAGAUCUGUAUAGUUCCGUAUUGUCAGUGUGGGUGUAGC